CAGCGCGCAAAUAUGGAUUUGCCAUAUCAGUAUCAAACUAACAGCACACCUAUCAACAGCGACAACCCCACCCAUCCUUCUCCGUAAUGUCUUCGACUAGUGAAAUAAUCGUAUGCGACGGGGACGUAGAUGGUUGGCGGAAUUUGAACUUCUUUCGAGAUGUUGUUUCAAAAGAUUUGAAUCUUCAGGAAAAGGAAUUCCACUUGUACAAUUUGAACAUAACUACAACCGAAAAACAGUCAGGCUUCACUUCCCUGCUGUACCGCGUUAAAGUGAAUGUUGAAUUAAAUGAUGGAAAACGUGAUCAAAGGAUGUACGUAGUCAAAGAGAUAUCCAAAGAUGCCUAUGGUGGAGACACGAUGGAUACGUAUAAUCUUUUUCAUAAGGAGAUUAAAGCGUACCAGGAGCUGAUUCCGGAAUUUGAAAAACUUUUCCAAAACAAAGUUAGAUUUGGACCAAGAUUUUUGAAAGCCGUUACAACUCCUUUCACUGUGAUAGUGUUGGAAGAUUUGAACGCAUCUGGAUAUCAAAUGAAGAAUUGUAGCAAAAGGCUUGAUAUUUCGCAGAGCAAGACAGUGUUGUCCCGAUUGGCCAAGUUCCACGCUGCAUCCGCUGUGUACUUCAAACAAAAUGGACCAUAUCCAACGUCGUUCAAAACUGGUAUGUAUGACGAGGAAUCAGCACUAAACUCUGAAACUUAUAUUGGGAAUUUGUUCAAGGCUCUGGAGUCGAGCUUGAGAGAACGCAACUGUUCUAGACAGUACUUGGACUUGAUAAGUCAAUGGGGUACAAAUCCUUAUGUUUCCGGAGCUAAAUUAUUCCGUUUGAAUGACCAAGAUUUCACCGUCUUGAAUCAUGGCGAUCUUUGGAUGAAUAACGUGAUGUUUAGCGAUAGUGAUCUGUUGUUGAUCGACUUCCAGAUUGCUUUCUACGGUAGUUUUACAUUUGACGUUCUUGAGUUCAUCUUCUGCACGGUCAAAGUUGAUGAUAUAAUCCAUAAGUUCGAUGAUCUUAUCGAGUUCUACCACCAAGAGCUCCGAACAGCAUUUCAAAUAUUAGACAACAGCAGCAUGUUGCCAUCGUUGGAGACGUUGCAAGCAGACAUCAAGAGGCAUGGAUUUCUCGCAGGACUUCUGAUGAUCGAAGCGAUACCGAUGAUUACCUUCGUCAAUGUGGGAGAGAUGAGCAUGGAUUUGAUGUCUUCUGCAGAACCUGAAGGUGAAGAGUUUAGGAGGAAACUCUUCCAUAACGAAAAAUUCAUCGAAGUAGUAGACCAAUUGUUGCCAUUUCUGCACGAACGUGGUUAUUUGAAAUGCUCAAUAAAUGAAUAGAUGAAAAUAUCCUUGUUAUGGGCUUAAAAU